AUGAGCCCGGUUCCUCCAUUUCACAAUGUGGUGCAUACCUUUUUCAGGCGCGAGGAGCUGGACAACCCGAAUGUCAGGCCUUCCGACCCAAACGGCCUGGUGUUGGAGGCGUGGGCUCAAGGGUUCAUGGUCGGCUCCCUGAUCAUCAUGUCUUGCAUCACCUUGGCGAACAUGCGCCGGGGUGUCCUGCUUCAUAAGUUGAUCUUGCUCGAGCUUGUUCUGGGCUACUGGCAGGGCUUUUUCAUUCUUUUCAGCCCUCCGGUUUAUGCAUGGUGGCUCUCCGUCGCGGCCAUCCCCCUCAACAUCUCCUGGUCUUUGCACAACGUGAUCGCUUGGAUGAAGUUGAAGCCAUUUCUCAGCAAAACGGUCAGUCGUCUUUUCAUCGGCACCGUCAUCUUGGCUCAGCCGUAUUGGGUCGUGGAGAUAUAUGCCAACUUCGCCUACUUCCAUAACAUUAACAAGAUCUUCCUGAAGACAAGGCCUUGGGAGGCCUUAUGUCGCGACCCGUGGUGGAUCUUGGCCGCCUGUCUUCUGAUGUACAACAUCAAGACCAAGUACGAUCUGACCCUUACCCAGAUCGUCCGCAUCUCGCCUCGAUUCGCCGUCAUGCUGGGAGCUAUGAUCUUAAGCAUCUGUUUCAUCAUCCUCGACGUCCUGUCCGUCACUGCCGCUCUCAAAUCCGUCCUCCCGGUGGGAAUCAAUCCCUUCUGGAAGUUGAGUUUCGUCUUCAAAUGUCUGACGGAUUCGGUGGUGUUGGAUGACUUCAAGACUGCACUGGACCGGCUGAGAGCGUUCAAAAUCAGCCGACUGGGCAGUUUCGCCACGGAUGGUGCAGACCUCCGGAACCAAAAACACCGAGAGGAUGUGGGUAGAGCCAACGCAUGGGACACUUCACCAGCAACCAGCGGUCGGCCACAGCCACUAGGUCCUCUGCCGACCAUGCCCAGUCCGGACGGGGAUUAUAUCCAACCACAGUGGGAGGAGCUCAAGCAGGGACAUUCCCAUCAUGUGGAGGAUGAGCAGUAUGCCGCCAUGGUCAGAAAUGCCUCCCGGGAUCGUGACGCCGAGGAGUAUGGGUUCGACGCGAUUGACUAUGCCGAUCCUCGACGAGAGGCCAGCGACACCUCCAUGGUCCGGCCCCGGACCAGCUGGCAGGACCAGCGGCUUUCCGACGACACAACUGACGCGAGUGUUGAAUAUGCCACAGCCCUAAGACAAAUGACCAAUGGUUCGACGGAACAGCAACACAAAAAAGACAAAAGCACAAGGUUGGCUGGUUGA